CCGGGCCCCAUGCGAUCCCAACCUGGCAUGGAGCCCUUCCUUCGGAAGCGGUUCACUUUCCUGUCCUUUUUUUGGGAUAAGAUCUGGCCAGCAGAUGUGCCAGAGGAAGACUUCCCUGGGCCUCUGGGUUCUGAAGCUGAGCCAGUGCAAGAGUCUCCGGUCACUGCUGAGCCCUGCAGCCCCACCGUGCCGCGUCUCCAGCUUUUCCGCGCGCUCUAUGACUUCACUGCGCGCUGCGCCGAGGAGCUGAGCGUCAGCCGUGGGGACAGAUUGUACGCCCUAAAGGAGGAGGGUGACUAUAUCUUCGCCCAAAGGCUCUCCGGCUCGCCCAGCACCGGACUUGUGCCAGUCACCUAUCUGGCCAAGGCUACCCCUGAGACGCUUUCAGACCAACCCUGGUACUUUAGCAGGAUCAGCAGGACCCAGGCCCAGCAGCUGCUCCUGUCCCCUGCUAAUGCACCAGGAGCCUUCCUCAUUCGGCCCAGCGAGAGCAGUGCUGGGGGAUACUCUCUGUCAGUCCGAGCCCAGGCCAAGGUCUGCCACUACCGCAUCUGCAUGGCACCCAGCGGCAGCCUCUACCUGCAAGAGGGGCGGCUCUUCCCCAGCCUGGAGGCACUGCUUGCCUACUACAAGGCCAACUGGAAGUUGAUUCAGAAUCCCCUGUUGCAGCCCUGUGUGUCCCAGUGCCCCUCCCUUCAGACACUCCCAGCACCAGAUGAGUGGGAACGGCCACGCUCAGAAUUUGUCCUUCGGAGGAAACUGGGUGAGGGCUACUUCGGGGAAGUAUGGGAAGGCCUGUGGCUGGGCUCUGUGCCUGUGGCAGUGAAGGUCAUCAAAUCAGCUGACAUGAAGCUGGCAGAUCUUGCCAAGGAGAUCCAGGCACUGAAGAGUUUGAGACAUGAGCGGCUCAUCCGGCUACAUGCAGUGUGCUCUGUGGGGGAGCCCGUGUACAUUGUCACUGAGCUCAUGGGCAAGGGCAACUUGCAGUCCUAUUUGGGCAGCCCUGAGGGCCAGGCCUUGAGCCUGCCUCUUCUGCUGAGCUUUGCCUGCCAAGUAGCUGAGGGCAUGAGUUACCUGGAGGAGCAGCAUGUUGUUCACCGGGAUCUGGCUGCCAGGAAUGUACUGGUGGGUGACGACCUCAGCUGCAAGGUGGCAGAUUUCGGCCUUGCCAGGCUGCUUAAGGAAGAUGUCUACUCCCCAAGCAGUGGCUCCAAGAUCCCUGUCAAGUGGACAGCACCUGAAGCAGCCAAUUACCGUGUCUUCUCCCAGAAGUCAGAUGUCUGGUCCUUUGGCGUCCUUCUGUAUGAAGUCUUUACUUAUGGCAAGUGUCCCUAUGAAGGAAUGACCAACCACGAGACGCUACAGCAGAUCAGUCGGGGGUACCGGCUGCCACGGCCAGCUGCCUGUCCAGCUGAGGUCUAUGUGCUUAUGGUGGAGUGCUGGAAGAGCAGCCCUGAGGAGCGGCCCACCUUCGCCACACUGAGGGAGAAGCUGGCCACUAGCCACAGGCGUCUCCAGAUGGGCUUCACAUGACCAGGACACCAAGUCCACAGGCAGCAACUGGGGCUUCUACUUUCUACAGGACAUCCCCCUGGAGUCAGCACUUGCCACCAACUUACCACCAGUGACUGAUGCACACUGACACACACACCUGGGCCCUCCUGGCAUGGCUUGAAUUCCUAGUACUCCAGAGGGCUUACAAGCCCAGAAGAGACACUAUAGGGCGAUGCUGGGUAGAGAAGAGCCAGCCAUUUCCUCCUUGCCUCUGCCUCACUUUGGGCCUCCUCAGUUCCCUCCCAGGGAUGAGAAUGGAAGGCCCAGUUUCCUUCUAGUCACAUUGCAGGCUUUGUUACAUAGCCAAUGCCAGGGCUCCCAAGUAGACCUCAUGAAUACAUUCUGUACACUCAGGACAGCAGUGUUAUCUGCCCCAUGAAGACACUGG